AGGAGGCUUCCCAGAUCAAAACAGACUGGGAGAAUUCCCACUAUUCCACCUGUUCUAUAGAGAAAGAUAGAAGUUCUGCGUUUUCCCGGCGAGAUAACCGCUCUGCAGCAUGGCAAUGGAAUGCAUCAAUAACUGCUGCAAAAGCUUCCAAGGCAAAGACAAGGCAAUCAAACAGCAAGUGAUAACGGUGAAGAUGUCCCCUGCCAGAGCCAUCUCAGGUGACCCCAGGAAGAGUGUAGGGGUAUCGGAGGACUAUCUCCUCUCUAAACUCCCCCCGGGUGGGAAAGAGGUUCCCUUUGUCAUCCCCACGUUCAAACCUUCCUACAUCCAACCGCCAGGCUCACGUUACCUCGGCAACCAGACACCGUGGCAACACACCAGUAGCGCCUAUGCAGAGAGGAAGGCUGAGCUGUCAGGGGACAGUCAUAUCAUCUAUAACCCUGACUCCUCCCCCAACAUGUGUCCCAGGACAACACCACACAGCACCCUGCAAAAGACUCCCCGUGGAUCAGGUGGGAAUUUGAAGACUGGAACACAGAGUCUGAGUAAAUCUAUGUUUAAUCUGUCUAACCCCAGCCUUCACAGCCACAUACAGCGGUAUGACAGUGUGUCCAAUGUCCAGAGCAGCAGUGCUUCGUCCUCUACAAGGGACUCCCUGGGGAGCAGCCGUAGUCUUGAGUCCAUCACGUUGUCAGGCGAUGAGAGGGAGCUGGGGAUGGUGUGUGUCCGGCUGAGUUACCAGGAGGCCCUGGAGCAGGUGUGGAUCACGUUGGUACAGUGUAAGGAUGUGUCCCUCGUUCAGAACAGCAGUGAGCAGCAGAAGAUUAGCUUUAAAGGCAUCAUCACUAUGAGCAAACCAGUACAGUUCAAGAGCUCCGUCAAGGAAGGUUCUCCGGACACAGUCUUCAUGGAGACCUUUGUGUUUACGUUGCGGCUGCAGCAGCUGCGUUGCAGUGCUCUGGUAUUCCGGCUGCAGACCCAUCACCCCAGGAAGAGAACGGUGGCAGAGUGUGUCCUCUCCCUCAGACAGCUGGGCCCUGAGGAGACACAGCACUGGAUGGAGCUCAGCCCCCCCUCCAAGACCACAGUGUGUCACGCCGAGCUGCACCUGGCCACCUGUUUCCAGCCUUUUAACGGACGCAUCCAACUGCAGGUCCUCGCUGCCCAGAACCUCCCAGCUCCACUCAGCCAGGCGUUCUUUGUGAAGAUAUUGAUGCAGCUGCAGGGCACGGUGGUGAUGAAGAAGAAGACUCACACCCUAAAGUCCUCCGGAGGUCAGCUGACCUGGACUGAGUCUUUCUACUUCCCCUUCGCUUUGGACCAGGGCUUCCUGCUGUCAGUCAAACUCUACAGCCGCAGUUCUGUCAGACGGAAACACUGCCUCGGACAGGUUCACCUUGGCUUCGACAGCCCAACACAGGAAGCAGCGGAGCAGUGGGCGGACAGCAUUUCUCACCCUGAGAAGAUGGUGGCUGUGUGGCACAGACUCAACGGAUUCUGACACACCUGUAUAAAUUCACACAGUGGCCCAAAGGAGUUGACAGCCUCACCUGAAUCGCCACCUGUACUGCCACACAGUGGCCCAAAGGAGUUGACAGCCUCACCUGAAUCGCCACCUGAACUGCCACACAGUGGCCCAAAGGAGUUGACAGCCUCACCUGAAUCGCCACCUGUACUGCCACCCAGUGGUAUAAAGUACUUAAGUAAAAAUACUUUAGUCGUUUUUGGAGGUAUCUGUACUUUACUUUACUAUUUAUAUGUUUGCCAACUUUUAAUUUGACUUCACUACAUUCCUAAAGAAAAUAAUGACCUUGUAUUAUUUUGUAGAUAAAGUAUGUAGAUUACUCAUUUAUGUUGCAUAGACUUGUUUUGUGUAGUGCCAUAUGUUGUAUGUUCAGUUGAUAUAAUAUCAUAUUUUAGAGGACAGAUAUUUGGCAGCAGGUAGCCUAGUGGUUAUUGGGCCAGUAACCGAAAGGUUGCAAGUUCGAAUCCCCGAGCUGACAAGGUAAAAGAAAAUCUGUCGUUCUGGCCCCUGAACAAGACCGUUAACCCACUGUUCUCCGGUAGGCUGUCUUUGUAAAUAAGAAUUUGUUCUUAACCGACUUAAAUAAUGGUAUAAUAAAAAAUAUAAAACAUU